AUCAAAGGUUAGUGGACUUACACAAACGUUUAGAAAUGUGUGAGUGAUCUACCAGACAGUGCACUCUCGUUUUACUCUCCUGGAUGUCUUCUGAUCCACUACCAUGAACCUAAAGCUCCUCUUCUUUUGCCUCGUCUUGGCGCUGCUCGUCAUACCUGCUGAACUAAAACCUAAAAAGCACAAAAAACAUCAUCAUCGUGAUCAUGAGCAUGGACAUGGACACAAACCCAACAAAAAAAGAGUAAAGGUUGCGGACAUAAUUAGAGACCUCUUCUUUGAGAUCCUGGAGGGACGCGAUGAUGGCGAUGAUGACGAUGAUGAUGACCGCACAGACUGGCUGUUUGACAUUCAAGAGCCAGAAGGCCUAUGCAACCCAAACCCUUGCCGCAACAAUGGAGUGUGUGAGGAGAAAGACAAGAGGAAAUUCAAAUGCGAUUGUCCCAUACCUUUCAAGGGAAAGAAAUGCCAGAAAGGUCCCAAACAUUGUAAAAAAGGUAGAUGUGGGCGAGGUGAAUGUGUGCUGACUUCAAUUCCCCCGUACUAUGAGUGCAAAUGCAAGGAGCCCUUCCAGCCGCCACGCUGCGUUCACAUGUCACUGUGUGAGCCUAAUCCAUGUAGGAAUGGUGGACAAUGCAUCAACGAUGGUAAUGACUUCGAGUGCGAGUGCCCUCUGGGGUUCAGAGGACGUUUCUGCCAUGUUGGUCCAGAUGACUGCUAUGAUGAUGACGGAGAGUCAUACCGUGGCAAAGUGAGUGAGACUGAUGACGGCCAAGAAUGCCUCUACUGGAACUCUCACUUCAUCCUGGACAACGGUGUUGAUCCCUUCAACUCCUUCGAGGACAGCAAUGGACUUGGCCCUCACAACUUCUGCAGAAACCCAGACGGAGACAACAUGCCCUGGUGCUUCUUCAGGAAAGGCAGGAAGUUGUCGUGGGACUACUGUGAUGUCACAGAGUGUCCUGAACCAACAGGUGUGGCGCCAACUGAAAUUGUCCCUGCAGUCACUGAUCCCACUCCUUCCAAGCCCCAAACUGCAAAACCUGAACCCAUAGCACCCACCGAAUCAAUCAAACCCACAGCACCCUCCGAACCAAUCGAACCCACAGCACCCUCCGAAUCAAUCAAACCCACAGCACCCUUCGAACCAAUCGAACCCACAACGACUGAGAAACCCAGCCAGGCUCCACAACCUUCUCCUACACCCACUGCUGAUGUUCCUCUCACCCCCACCGCCACCGUUACACCGCAACAGUUCAGGACCUGUGGGAAGCCUCAGCCAAAGAAGCCCUUGACCCGAAUUUUUGGAGGUCUGAAGAUCUCUCCCGGGGCUGUACCCUGGCAGGUGUCCCUGCAGAUGAGACCGCAGAGCUCCAGCCUGCCAUUCAGACACAUAUGUGGAGGAGUUCUCAUCGCGAGCUGCUGGGUACUGACAGCUGGACACUGCAUUGAACCAGCGAAGGACAUGCAGGUGGUUGUGGGAGGUCUGUCGCUGAAUAUGGUGGAAACCACAGAGCAAACCUUACAAGUUGAAGAGGCUAUUAGGCAUGAGAACUACAGGGAGACUCCUGCAGCUGUUUACAACGACAUAGCCUUGUUGAGGCUGAAAGGCACUGAUGGAGUUUGUGCCAUUGAGACCCAGUUUGUGAAGACAGCCUGUCUGCCUGAUGCCCAACUGCCUGAUGGGAUGGAGUGUAAAAUCUCUGGAUGGGGUGCCACUGAGAACUCUUCAUAUGGUUCCAACCACCUGCUGGAUGCCGACGUGCUGCUGAUCAACCAGGAAAAGUGCUCUGAACGACAGAUUUAUGGCAAUGUCCUGGAUAAUAGUAUGUUCUGUGCUGGCCACCUGCAGGGAGGGGUGGAUUCCUGCCAGGGUGACUCUGGAGGACCGCUGACUUGUGAGCAGAACAGUACCAGUGUUAUUUAUGGUCUGGUGAGCUGGGGAGACCAAUGUGGAAGGAAGAACAAGCCUGGCGUCUACACGCAGGUCACUCACUUCCUGGACUGGAUCAAGUCAAAGACUCAAGCCUUCUAAAAUGGAGAAAAUGUGCAUUAUCAUUUCAGUUUAAUGUGGCCCUCAACAGAAAAACCCGAAAUCUGUUAUACAUCUAAAUGUCAUACUUACUUGGUUUUCCCUUGAAGCUUUACUCAAGGCAAUCUAAAAUCCUAUAUUAAAAUUGAUGUGUGUGUGGAAAAGGAAAA